AGUAUUAAAGCCAGAAGGUUGGUUAGAGAUUACACAUUCACUUCGUUCAGCUAAAUUUACUGGGCCAGCUUCUGAACGAUUGAAUGCUGCACUCAUUUCGUGGAACAAGGACUGUGGAAUUGAUCUUGAUCUAAUAACACACUUGGAAGAUUACCUUAAAAUGACAGAAAAAUUCGAAUUUAUAUCAUCUCAAACGAUAAAAAUUCCUAUCGGAGGUGAUGGUUUUGGAGAGUUUUCUUCUGAAAUUGCUUUAUACUAUCUGAAGCUUAUGAAAGUAAUUCUUGCACCUUAUAUGGGAAUUUCGGUUGAAGAAUAUGACCAAUUGUUAA